AUGGACAGAGGACACACUGUGAAUGAGUGUGCAAGUAUUCUGGGAAAAUGUUUGCUUGUAUUUUUAGUUUUCUAGUUUGUUCUCAGAGACUGCAAUCCCUGACGUAGAGAGAAGUCUUGACGUCCACCCAUCCCAAUACGUAAGACAGACUUCUCUCUCGCUCUUCUCUCUCACACACACACACACACACACGCACACACACUUGUAAAACAGGGGUUUAGGGGUUGGACCACAGGGAGGGGUGUGUCUCUAUAAGACGACCGAGCAACAGCAUCCUCUUAGGAAACAAACAGAAGCAGGAGAUAGGAGAAAAGAACCGUCUUCAGUUUCAGCAGAUCUGCUCAGGACAGGUGCCUGAACCACACACAGCUCAGACUGCACUUCAGCUGUUAAAACACUGCGUGAUGAAGACUCCACUGUGGACGAUACUGUUGCUUGGACUGUGUAACCCAGCAUGGGGUGACUGCAAGAAAGACUGCCUCUUCUGCAGCCAAAAACUGCCUGUUGAAUAUGCCUUCAAUAAUUUGGUGUGUCUGGUGGAGUGUCAUGGUAAACUUUCUCCAGGCGACACCUGGGAGAUGUGUCGCAGGACCAUUGUGGAGCCGAAACCAAUAGCCUUGUUAUCGGUUGCCAAUGGCAUGCUGAAAAGAGAAGAUGAGGAAGCAGACACCUCUCUGCCUGUGGACCAGGAUGAUGGGCAGUAUUCUGAAACCCUCCAGAGGUUCAACCACAUAACACAGGCCUUGGGAAUGGAUGAUCAGGACCAAGAUAUGCAGCUCAGUAAAAAAUACAAGUUCCUGCAAGUAAAGUCAGCACAAGAAUCUGAGGAAGAGCGAGAUAGAGAUAGCGAGAUGGAAGGCAAGGAGGAAGAGGCUGCCGUCCACCUGAUAAAACGCUUCGGAGGCUUCCUCAAAAACAAGUAUGGCUACAGAAAGUUCAUGGAUCCUGGAAGGCCUUUGCAAAAAAGAUAUGGGGGUUUCAUAGGCGUCCGUCAAUCUGCCCGCAAGUGGAACAGCCAGAAGCGCUUUAGCGAGUUCCUCAAGCAGUAUUUGGGCAUGAGUACUCGAGCUAGUGAGUUUAAUAGUAUGUCUUCUGAUGUCACUCAACAGAAUGAAUAAGCUUUGACCUUUGAAGUGAAUAAACUUACCAAGCAAACCUUUUGUCAUGCUCAUUCGAAAGAUACCAUGCACCGUUCUCCUCAAACACAAAAAGCUCUCAUAGUGCCACAGGGUUUCAUGUGCAUUUACUCAAUGAAGCAUCUAAUCUGUGUCAAACAAAGCUUACAUUAAGUGAUAUUAGCUUGAAAUUUGAUGAAAACUCUUAUGAUUUGAUUUGACUGGUAUUGCAUAUGAAGGCCCCUGUAGUUUUAUUAUACAUCAUUUGAAAACGUUAUUUGUUCCAAAUUCAUCUCCUCUACGACACUGCCACCUAUUGGUCAAUGAUAAUUAAAUCUCCA